CCCCCGACCACCUUCGCAACCGCCACCUCCGCCACCGCCCACCCGUUCCUCUCCGCCGCCGCGGCCGGCACGCUCCCCAAACCGCGGCUCUCGGCCUGGCUCGCCCAAGACCGCCUGUACAUCCACGCCUACAUCCGGUUCAUCGGGGCGCUGCUCGCCAAGCUCCACCUCCCCACCAACCCCCAAAACACCACCACCGAAAACGAGCCCGAAACCCUCGAAUCCCAGACCCUGCACACCCUCACCGCCGCCCUGACCAACAUCGUCCGCGAACUGGACUUCUUCCGCGCCGUCGCCGCCGAGUACGCGCUGGAUCUGCAGGCGCCGUUCCCGGCCGCCGCACCCGGCGCGGCCGCAGCAGCAGCCGGCCCCUUCACCGCCUCGCCCAUCACCACCGCGUACACGGAUCUCUUCGUCUCGGCGGGGGCGGCGGGCACGUCCCUGCUGGAAGGGCUGGUGGUGCUCUGGGCGACGGAGGUGUGUUACCUGACGGUGUGGCGGAAUGUGCGGGACGCGAUGGGACAGCACCACACCGACGGGGAAGAUGCGGAUGGGGGUGCGCUGCGCGAGCAGCUGAUCCCCAAUUGGACGGGGCCCGAGUUCGAGGCGUUCGUGGCCGGGAUCACGCGGCUGGUGGACGCGGUGGCGGAGCGGGAGGUCGCGCGUUCAUCUUCCCCGAAUGCCAGGGAGGAGGUGGUUGAGCGGUGCGCGCGGUGGUGGAGGCAGGUCGUUUGGUUGGAGGGGCAGUUUUGGCCGGAGAUCUAA